ACCCACCCGCGCCUUGGCAAUGAUUAACCAGCGGCGUCGGCGUCACCUGCCUUAACCUGAGCCGGGCUUUGGGAGAGCCUGGGAGGGCAGGGCUGGACCUGGGAAGAGGGAGGCGGAGGGAGGAAGGACCGAGGCAGGAUCCCAAGACCGGAGCAGGAGACGCCUCUUUGCUCCUGACGUCUGGAACCGGCUGGGCGAGGAAGGCGCAAAAGGCGGCGGCGGCAGGCGGUGAGAGCGGGGCAGCGCUUUCUUCCUCGCCUCCUUCCUUCCUUCCCGAGCAGCCAAGAAGAAAGGAGAGAGCCAUGGCUUAGCAGCCAAGGGCUGGUCCUGCCUCGGGGUCGUGCUUUGGGGGCCCGGAGGGGCUUUGGCGCAGCGCUGGAGGGCGAGGAGCGAGGAGGAAGGAUGGUGAAAAGUUGAAGUGCCAAACGCCAUAAUGAGUGUGACAUCAUGGUUUCUGGUGAGCAGUGCGGGCAUUCGCCACCGACUCCCACGGGAGAUGAUAUUUGUUGGCAGAGAAGACUGCGAGCUGAUGCUCCAGUCUCGCAGUGUGGAUAAGCAGCAUGCUGUCAUCAACUACGAUAAGGAGAAAGAUGAGCACUGGGUGAAGGAUCUGGGAAGCUUAAAUGGGACUUUUGUGAAUGACGUACGGAUUCCUGACCAGAAGUACAUCACGUUGAAACUGAAUGAUGUGAUCCGCUUCGGCUAUGAUGCUAAUAUGUAUGUGUUAGAACAAAUCCAGCAUAAAGUCCCAGAAGAAGCACUAAAGCAUGAGAAGUAUACCAGCCAGCUUCAGAUGAGCUUUAAAGGCACAGCAGUGAAAAGGGCGGAGCAGCCAAUGGAGCACAGCGGAGAUACUGAGUCAUCCCAGGCCAAGCUGGAGAAAGGCGAGAAGAAAGCUACUACAGAGACAAAUACUUACCGCACACCUCUUUAUGGCCAGCCAUCGUGGUGGGGAGAAGAUGAUGCCAAUAAUAAGUUGGAAUCAUCUGAUGACAGAAGGGUAGAAGAACAGUAUUCAGAGAGAACAAAAGAUAUAGUCCAACAUGAAGAAGAAAUCAAUGGCAAUAUCACUGGAUACAAGGAUUCGCAAGGCGAUGCUCUGUUUGCAUUCCGAAGGGAACCUAGUUACUUUGAAAUCCCAACAAAGGAAUUCCAACAGACGGUGAAAUCUCCAGAGGCACAGGUCCACGAAAUCCCCACCAAAGACGUUGAUGCAGCAGUGCUGCCAGUUGUACAGAGCCACGCUUCGUUCACUAUUGAGUUUGAUGAUUGCACCCCGGGCAAAAUCAAGAUAAAAGAUCACGUCACCAAAUUUUCACUCAGGCAGAGGCGGAACCUUGGAAAGGAAGCCGGUCACGUAGAAAUGAUCUCGGCAGAGAACAAAGUGGCAGAUUGGCUGGUCCAGAAUGACCCAAGUCUCAUAAGAAGGCAGUCACCAGGAGAUGAUGUGUACAGCACCAAAAGUGACCUCCCAGUUCAUGUGAAGACUCUGAAGGGUAACAGACAUGAAGAUGGGACGCAGAGUGACUCUGAAGAUCCGGUAGUGCCCAAGCCAGAGAAGGAGACACCAACGAACGACCAUAUAACUGAGCAAGCCAGGCUCCAGCGCCAAAUUCGACGUGACCCCCAGGAGCUGCUCCAUAACCAGCAGGCCUUUGUCAUAGAGUUCUUUGAUGAUGACACGCCCCGGAAGAAGAGAUCACAGUCUUUUACCCACUCUAGUCAGACCGAUAUGGACCCAGCCUUGAAGACCAAAGUUGAGAAACGUAAGAUUAACGUGCCUGCUGAGAAGCCAGGGAGUUCUCUGCCGCCACAGCAUCUUCCCACGGGAGGAUCCAAAGGGCCAGUCAACUCUUUCACCACUCCAAGAGCUGGUUCCUUUAAGAGGGAGAAGACAGAGGAGAGAGCCAAUUCAUCUUCAUCUUCCACGUCGAAGGCGUCUGUAAAGAGUCAUGGCAGCGUUGGGCGGAAGUCAAAAAUAUCUCAGGACUUUGCUGCUGAAUGUUUACGGGAGAGCUCCCAGUCUGGAAAAGCCAACACAGAGAAGCCACCUCCAAUGCCACCUCCACUCACUCCACGGGUAGUUGUAGCACCACCAGCCCCAGAACCAGUCCCAUUGCUAGUUGCUGAUCCUAAGCUAAUGAAGGCUAGGAAGCAUGAAGAAGAGGACAGCUUGAGCGAAACCGGUACCUAUACCAUUGAAACAGAGUCACAGGAUAAAGAAGUAGAAGAAGCUCGAAAGAUGAUUGAUCAGGUUUUUGGUGUUUUGGAAUCUCCUGAAUUUUCAAGAAUGUCUUCAACCUUCAGACCUGUUAUAAAAGGCGAAAAAGAAGAAUUAGGAUCCCAUCAUUUGAUCGGCGAGAAUGGCUCAGGCCCAAAGAUUACUAUGAUGCAGGUCAUCGCUUCCAAAGUGGCUAGUGGGCAUCAUACAGACAUGCAGUUACCGCCUUCCUCUCCGGUUGGACAGAAAUGGGUAUCAAGAUGGGCAAGCCUUGCAGAUAGUUAUACAGACUCGGGAUCUUCUCCUAGCACCGGAGAAACCCAUCAGCAGCCCUCUCAGGCUGGAACAGAGAAAGACUCCAGUUUUAGAGUGGGAGACUCUGAGAACUCCAUUGCGGCACGGACAAGGCGCCUUCUUCCUCAGCUCCCUCCAGGUGACAAAUCCGAAAGCCCAACGCCAACCAUAUUAAUUUGUCAAGAGCCUUACACAGAAGCACCCCCAAGAAAUGCUGAUAUUGCUGACCAAGGGACAGAAAUGUACCUAGAUCCUGCCAGUCGGCUAUUAAUUCAGGAAGAUUUGGAUCCCGAUAGCCUUAGUGAUGCAAGCAAAUCUGAUGAUGGUAUUGGCUUGGAAAAAGGCAGGAAAGGCCAAGAUGGCACCAAAGUUUCAGAAAAAACAAAGGCUGAAAAUUCAAAAUCCAAAAAUCGUCAACACAUGGUGCCAAGGCUUUCUGGACUAAGAGCAUCAAGCGAUCCGCUGUCAACAUGUUUCUAUAUUGGUGAUGAGGAAGAAGAGAUAGGGGUUCCUUCAAAGCUUCCUUCCAAUACUUCUCCUUCUCGAACAGACAAGGAGGAGGCGUUUUUCAAAUCUGGAAAGCCAGCUGCCAAGGGGGUUAGCAAUACCUACAUUAGCUCAAACGGUAAAAUGGUGAUUUCAUUACACCAGGGUCUUCCUCUUCCACAGCCGGAAGUUGCAGCUACAAAAGAAACAUCUUCUUUUGUUCGGCAGGAAAGCUUUACCAAAGAGAAAUCAAGCAGCAGUGUUCCUCAGAACAGGCUACCGCAUAUCUCAAGCCACCCUCUGCUUAAGGAUCUCGAUGUCGCCCGUGCAAAUCGUAUGGAUUAUAAUCAGGACACCCACCUUCUCCUUAAAGAUACCGAAACUGCUCUGGCAGCAUUGGAAGCCAAAAUCCUCUGCCAAACUCACCAGCUUGAAGUUCCUGAAAAUACUUUGGGCCAGUUAGAAGACUCUCUAUCUGGAGAAUCAGAUGUAGACACGGCUAGCACCGUCAGCUUGGUGAGUGGCAAAAACCUUCCAAGCCAUCCUCCAAAGCGUAAGCCUGUGACCGCUUUGCAAAAAGAGAAGUCUUCUUCUGCACCAUCUGUUCAAGACCAGAACGUUCAACCAAGCGCACGCGAACGGCUGUCAGAGAAACGGAAAACUCUGCCUCUCGAGAUAGGAAACAAAAGUGAGAAUACGAAACGUUUCCAAGUAAAACGCGGCACAGGGACCGGCGGGUCUUUGGAUUACACAGAUGAUGAACGGAGUGGGAGUCACCCGUAUUCGCCAGCAAGUGAAAUAGCCUCCUCGGACCAAGAGCAAAGUGCCUCAAGGUCUAUCUCCAGAAAGAAGCCUUUCUCGCAGUCCACCAAAGAAGAGCAUAGCAAAGUGACACCAACAGUGCAAAAGAUCCAACAAGUCCUCACUAGGUCCAAUAGUUUAUCUACUCCAAGACCCACAAGAGCCUCAAAACUUCGCCGUGCCCGGUUGGGAGAUACUUCGGAUAAUGAGAGUGCCGAUACUGAAAAGACUGCCCCUCACGAGGGCAACGGAGCAUCUUCCAAGCAGCCUGCAGAGACCAAGAAAUUGUCAAGGUUGGACAUCCUUGCCAUGCCAAGGAAACGGGCAGGGUCUUUCACUGUGCCAAGUGACUCCGAAAGUGCCCCACCGAGACAGACAUUCUCUGGGCGCAGUGCGGAGUCGUAUUAUUCCACCCGAAAGCCCCCCGUUUCUGAAGCUAGAAAUGCUGCAAGGAAAACAGCAGCUGCGGUAGCUGCUUCAAAGCAGGCUUUUACCAGGACACGCUCAAGCAGUGUCAAGUACUCCUCGUCUUCCACUUCGAGGCGGCGACAACAGGGCUCAGAUUAUACUUCCACUUCCGAUGAAGAGUACGGCUCAAACCAGAGCUCCCCUAAACACAAACGCUCCCAUACUUCAACAGCCACCCAGACGCCCCGGGCCCGAGCCUCCGGGCUGAAUAAACAGAAGCACAGCAACAGCAGAGAAACGGAAGACGAAGAUUUUGAUGAGCACGAUCCCUACAACUUCAUGGCGCAGACGGCGGAGAUUGCAGAAAUAGCCAGGUUGAGCCAGACUUUGGUGAAGGAUGUGGCAAUUCUUGCUCGAGAGAUUCAUGAUGUUGCUGGAGAUGGAGAUUCCCAGAGUUCAUCUGGAACGGGACCAAGCACCUCCCAGAGUUCUGUGCCUAACACCCCUGCUUCUACUAUAUCAGCAAGGGAAGAGAGACCUGGUAGCAGAGCCAGAGGGCACAGUAAAGUUGUAAGCAGGAUGUCAAGUACAGCUCCACAGCUUCUGAAAAAACUCAGUAGUGGGUUGGUCCAACACAUACCAGAAGCAAGUCUGAACUACCAGAAGGUGCCUCCUGGGUCAAUGGGAUUCCAUGAUUUUGACCAAAAUAUGAAUGACAGUCGAGAAGAAGAUCUCACAAGAAAAACAAGGAUAAGAAACAGGGAAGAAGUAAUCUUUGAUAACUUGAUGCUAAAUCCAGUAUCCCAGUUAUCCCAUACCAUCCGGGAAAACACAGAGAGCCUGGCAGAGAAAAUGAAAAUUCUAUUCCAGAAUACUGAGCGAACAUGGGAAGAGAUGGAAGCCAAAAUAAAUUCUGAAAACGAAGUGCCAAUUCUAAAGACCUCAAACAAGGAGAUAAGCUCUAUUCUGAAGGAGCUACGCAGAGUCCAGAAACAACUUGAAGUUAUAAACGCUAUCAUUGACCCAAGUGGAAACUUGGAUAUCCUUGCCAAUAAUAAAACAUCCUCUGCUACAUCACAAUCUGCGGCUGCUAAAGUCAGGACUGCUAACAACAUUUCAGGGCCCAUGUUGGAAGCGUUAUCCCCUGCCAAGAAAAGAAAUUAUGUACAGAAAUCGAACUUUGUUCCUAAUAGCCUGCAGGAUGGUACUGUGUUUGUUCCAGAUGGAGAGAAAUACGUCAUCUGAUGGAAUAUUUUCUAGUGCUUAUCCUCUUGUAUGUAAUCUACCGUGGUGUUAGUAUUGUGUACGAGUGGUUGUGGGCAAGUCUGCGUGGAGCAGUUGUUUAGAUUGCUAACACAUUGCACAAAACGAGAAAAAAAGGUACAAUCUAUGCUGUGUGUGGGGUGAGUGGAAGCUCUCUGUAUAUGCCUUUUGUGAGGGAGUGGGAAGAAACUAGCACUGUGGAACAGCACAUAUUCAGCAUAGAGGCAGACUCCAAUUUUAAUAGAAAGCUACCAAUGCAUCAUUCCUCCAAUGUGCCAUAGCAAAAUGAACUUUGCGUAUUUUUCACUCCAUACUGCCGAAACACUACUGCGUUCUUGUAUCUAGCUUGUUCAUAGCUGCCUGUUUAGUUGUAUAGAGGCUCCAUUUUGAAAAUGUACCUUCUUGCAGGGGACAGUGGGGCGGGGGAUGCUGCUGGUGCUGUAUAUUUAUUUUUUAAAAUAGCCGAGCAUUAACUCAUUUGACCAGAAUUUACAUUUUAUUGUCAGGUUAAGUGACGCAGCAAAGGAAGAUUUGUUUUCCAAAAGCAGUGACUUUCAUCCCUUUUUCAAGGAGGAAACAAAGAUGACAUUGAUUCAUUCCCCUUCCAAACAGAUGGCUUUCACUAUUCCUCUGGGAACGGUAAUUAAAAAGUACAGAUGACGGAGAGCCAGUAAAUAAGUUUGCAUCUUGGUUUUCCAUAUGCUCCUUUAGCUGACAGUUCCAAAUAUAGAGGUCUAGAGGAGACACAUCAAUGAAUGACCAGGAUUUUGUCUAACAAGGUUGCCAGUCUGAAACCAUUUCACGGUAUUUGCUGUGUAACAAGGCUCUGGUGUAGUCCUAAUCUCUUUUUAAUACAACCAACAGGGUCUUCAUUUACUGCAUGUCAUUUCAGGGAGAGUAAAAAGAAAUUGUUCCAUGUGUGGGCAGUGACAGAUGGUUGAAAACAUAACCCUUCUCCGCCCUUUGCAUUCCUCUCAAUGCCAUUGAUUGAUAUCCGUAAGAGCAUAAUCAUAUAGGCCACUCCUUCCACUCAGAGAGGUCCUGUAUUGAGCAGAAGCAGAAGUGGGUUUAGCUCCACCUCCUGCUGGCUCCAGGAUUUUGGAGACCUUGGGCAAAGCAUUAACAGUCGAGCCAGGCUUAAACUUGUAAGUAUGAAGUGCCCAAACUAAGCAUUUUCUAGUGUUGCCUCUUGCUAAAAAGAAAAUAGCAACUCCAUUGAGCCAGUGGUCCCCAUGCUGCUCUUUGGGCUCUAGCCAAUGCCCAACCUGCCAUGAGUUGGAAGAUGCCCAAACACAAUCAUAGCAACUUAUACAAUAUCUAUGCUUUCACACUAUAGACUAGAUAUCAUAAACAUUAUCAGAGAUAAUGGUCAAAUUCCAGUAUUUGCCUUGCAUAGCUUACAGGAACAUGAAAGCCCAGAGAUCUUAGAAAUAUUACACCCAAUAUUUCCUUAGGUGGGGUUCAUAGAUUCAACCUAGUGUAUACUCUGUCUUGAUGUUGAUUAACUUAUUUCCUUCAGUACUCAGUGUACUAUUGUUGCUUCAAAUCAUUUGCACCAAAAUGAAUGAAAAAUUUGCUUUGAGGGUCAAGGGUACACAAGCAAAGCAUGGAUGGUGAAUCACUGUUAAAGCAAUGGCUUAAGCCUCACUUCUUUUCCAAUAUUGGUGCCAUCUUGAUACUAUUGAAUUCAAAUGUGUGACCUCUCUUUGGUUUAGGAUAAUUAAAUAUGUUGGGGGGAUGUUUAAAUACAGUAUUACUAGUAUUACUGUAUGAUUUGACUGUUAAGAUUCAGCCUAAUGCCAAUAAUAAUUUUGCACCAAUUCUAAGAUGUCUGUUGUUAGAAUAUCAGAUUUGUUUCCCAAUUAAAAAAUGGUUUUCUACCUCUAUUUGCCAAAUUAGUGCUGGUUUGUUGUUAAAUAGUAUCUCCAGCAAUUUAACCUGUGGCUUCAGUGAUUAGGGAGCACAAGUUGUUCAUUCUUGUUAUCAUCAAUGGAGGUGACUUCUCUAGUUUUAAGCUGAGCUGAGCUUUUUGGAAUAUGCUCGAGAUGCCAUAGCUCACUGGCAGGGUAGAUGGUAAGUAUGCAGACAUUCCAAGGUUCAAUCUUGGCCUCUCCAGCAAAGACAAUACCAGAUAGCAUGGUUGAAAAAGCCAAGGACUAGAAAACUCACUUUUUGGAACGAAAACUGCUUAGACUUUGGAGAGUCACUUUGAGGCAAGGUAGACAUGGAUCAAUAGGACAAGACAGUUUUUGGUGAGGGAAAGUAAAUCGUUUUAAGAAUAGCCAAUGAUUGACCCAGUGGGAGGAUUCUGGGAGUUGUAGUCCAAAGAAGUGGCUUCUCUAUUAUCUAAUUGGUGAUUUGUAGCAGGUAAAGGGUUUCUGUAGUUGAGAGAUACCCUGUUUCCCCUAAAAUAAGACAUCCCCAGAAAAUAAGACCUAGUAGAGGUUUUGCUGAAUUGCUAAAUAUAAGGCCUCUCCCGAAAGUAAGACCUAGCAAAGUUUUUGUUUGGAAGCAUGCCCGCCUAACAGAACACCAGAGCAUGCAGGAUCGGUAAAUGAACAUACCAUAGAGUGUUGUAAAUAGAAAUAAUGGUAGUGACAAGAAAUUCUUGAUAGGAUUCACAGUUUGUCUGGUUAUGCUGGUUUGUGAUGACAACUACUGUACAGUAUAUAAUAAAUGUGAAUUCUUCUUCAUGUAAAAAUAAGACAUCCCCUGAAAAUAAGACCUAGAGCAUCUUUGGGAGAAAAAAUUAAUAUAAGACACUGUCUUAUUUUCGGGGAAACACGGUAUGUUAGUUCAUGGGGCCUAGGAUAGGUGGAUGAAGUCUGUAUGUCUCUAAUAGAGAAAAUAAGUUCAUUGUCUUUAAACUUCCAUAAUCUAAGAUAGUAGACGUCAAACUAUCCUGACAGAUGAGGAAAACACUCCUUAUGGAAAGUCCAGCCCAUUUAAAUGGAUUUUGUUUUGUGACGUGUAGCCCCCCAAUAUCUCCUGAGAUUUAGUUCUUGAACCACCAUCGGUGCCAAAAUUCAUGGAUGCUCAAGUCUCAUUAUAUACAAUGGCAUAGUAAAAUGGCAUCCCUUAUGUAAAAUGUUUGUGUUUUGGAUUUUUGUCUCCGAAUAUUUUUGAGUCAUUCAAGGUUGAAUCCAUGGAUCCGGAAUCUGUGGAUACAGAGGGCCAACUGUACAUGGCUCUGAGGAGCUGAAAUAACAUCAGUGCUUUUAUUAGCUGGACAUGGCUGCUAAAAGGCAGAGCUCCAGGUUCAUUUAUUCCCCCACUUUUAAUCCCAUAUAUGGUACUUACGUGACAUUGCUGGACUACAAAUCCCAGCAUCUGUUAAGUUACCUGGGAGAUUCAGUACACUGUAACCACCACCACCCCUCCAAAUGCGGUAAGCUAUUUUCUGGCUGUACUGUUGUCAGUGGCAUAUAGUAAAUUUAUGAACUACAUAUUUAAACACUUCAUUUUGUAAUGAAUUUAAAGCUGGCCAUAAUAAGGUAAAUUCAUAACAGUAUCCACCUAUUUUUAUCUUGAUGGGUUGUUACCUGGUAAUCUUUCAUUCAUAAUCCUUGAUUUGUUUCUUCAGGAAUAUGCCAAGAGUUGUUCAACUUAUUUCAGAUGGACAGGGCACAAGGGUGGCUGGAUUACAGAACCUUGAUCGCACCCAGUUCUUUAUCAGAACAAAUAGAUAAUAACAUUACAUGUUUGUUCUGUUGUGUACAUCUCUGAAGUAGUCUUUGAGGUUGAGGUCUUUUGUGUGCUUAGAAUCUAUGCCCAUAGUAUGUUCUCAUGUGAAUAUUCAGUGAGUCUGGAGGGUUGUUAGGGUUGUUGAGUGAUAAUGAUAUAAUCCAACUGUCACACUGCACACAGCAUCAUGUAUCAAUCCAAACCAUGCCUGUAUGUCCUCUAUUUCAGUUUGGUCUGUCUUUUGUCAGAUACAGGUAAGCCAAAGAGGAAGCCACAGGACUCUAAUCGUUCCCUGGUUUGAGUCCUUCUAAAGGGGUGGGGAACAUUUGGCCUGCUAGAUGUUUUGGACUACAACUCCCACUAUACCUUAUUGUUGGCCAUGUUGGAUGAAUAAAUGGGACCUGUAGGCCCAGGCAUCCAGAGGGCCAAAGAUAUCCCAUCUGUGCUGUAAAACAUAUAUUUUUCCAUCUGUACACUGCAUGCAGUGUAUUAACCCUUCAUCUGAGACUUUUGAAUGAUCCAUAUCCAAUUUAUUUCAAAGGUCAUGACUUUCUUGUUGUUCAAGGUUUACUUGGUUUUCUUUUUGAGAGUUUUCCCCCCCGUGUCAGGAGCAACCUGAGUCGCUUCUGGUGUGAGAGAAUUGGCUGUCUGCAAGGACGUUGCCAGGGGACGCCCAGAUGUUUUUUGAUGUUUUUACCAUCCUUGUGGGAGGCUUCUCUCAUGUCUCCACAUGGAGCUGGAGCUGAUAGAGAGUGACGUCUGUGUUAUUGCAUGUUUUGUUUUUAAAUUAAAUCUCUACAUUUGACUGGUGAUUCAGGGGAAUAAAAAGCCAUUGAAAUUCAGUGGUGAAUUGGGUGUCUGGUUGCCUCAGGAUUCCUUCUGAAGAAUUCAGGCUUUGUUCUAUAAGCUUGACAGGGAAAGUUUUCUUUUCAUGGUCAUUGUAAAAAUCUUGUUUUAUUAUACUAGAAUGAAUGUAAAUCCUUGAAAGAAUGCUCAUCCUCUUUGAGAAAAUAAUGUGGUGUCAUUCUUAUGCCACUGCUGGCAAUAAAGCUGAAUUAAGUGGCAAACCAAGGGCCAGUUUUAUACUGGUCAGAGUCUUUGCAUGAGUUGGAACGGAUGGUGGUUUUCUAAAGACUGAGGGUCAAACUACAAGAGAUUGUCAACUCUGCAUCUAGAAGCAGUGCUCCUUUAAGUGAUGAAAUAUGUAUUUGUCCUAAUAGACCUUUUCUUAAUUGCAGUAUCUUGUAGAUCAGCUUUCUUUUACGAUUGGUCAUCAGAAGUUAAACAUGAUCUUCAUCUGCAAAAGAUUGGCCAUCAGGAGCCCUUUUUCAGGGUCACCUAAAGCUAAACAUGGGCUUCAUUUGCAAGUCUUAUCCCUUAUGCAUGAAGCUGUGUGGAAAUCCUAUCACUGGACAUCUAAAGUGCUAUCAGUUUCUCAUUGCAAGCUGUCUGUCUUGUGCAGUUUAGCCCUCAGUGUAGGUCCAGAAUGGGUUAACAUGUAUGGAAGUGAGUGGCUCUAAGUCAUCUUGAAACAAAUUACUGACAAUGUUUUCUCUGAAUGUUUACAGAUAACCUUCUUUUUUUAAAAAAAAAAAGAUGUACAAGUGCAAGAUGCUACUGAGUUUUUAUUUUGUUAAAUGGUCGCGAAGUUUGUUUGUUUUCUUUCUCAAAUCCAGCAAAUUCACACAUGACUUUUGCAGCUGUAAAAAGUACAUUAACUACCUGUUCACUUUCUGAUGUGCCCCGUGCUGAAUUGUGCCUAAAUAAUCUGCUGUUGUUAUGCUGCUGAAAAUAUUUUCUGCUGUUCAAAAAUACACACAAAUAUGUCCACAAGAUCAUCCAUUCCAUCUGCAUGCUACACAAACGCAAGCUGAGCUGUAUGAAAGUAUAGCUGAAAUUCAACUUUGUAGAAGUCUAAACUGUUUAAAUGGAGUUAGGGAAUUUUUUUUGGUCUCUCUUUUCUUUCAUUUCCACAUGCCCCUUCAAAAUAUGAUGUACAAUUUUAAGAUUCAUUGUUUCCCCUACCCCAAGUCAUAGACAGCGGGGCUUUCCUUUUCCCUUGUUUUUUGUUUUUGUUAAUGAUAAUUUAUUUUGUUUGGUUGAUAGGCAAUUUAUCUGUACAUUUUUGUUCCCAAGUGAUGAUGUGGAUGUCUUUCGAAACAAAAUAAAUGGUUAUUUUAUAUAAUUUUAUCAUAAAUUUGCUAUAAUAAAUCAUUCUUUCUGUUUUUUCUGAUAA